UCACCCCCUAUGGGGCGAUUCGGAAACAUUAAAAUCUCAAAGAAAUCCAUGAUCCAUAUCAAGAACGACGAUCCGAGCUCGGACUUCACCAUAGAAGUCGUUAUUUACGUCGCAAUUAGUGUAAUAUUCUUUAUGGUUAUUGCAAUGAUGAUGAAACUCUUGUGGGAUACCAGCAAUGAGGACAAUGUCAUAGGAAUGAGGGUGAGUGAGACGAGUGGUUUAUUGUCUCAAAAUGUGGAAGCUUGGUCCAUUGCAUUGUAUGGGACGAACGAAGAUGAUACUAAGUCAAAUAGCGAUAAGAGUUGCACUUCAUCCUCAGAUGAUUUAUAUGAUGGAAAGAUAUGUGUGUUAUGCUACGAUGAUCAAAGAAGUUGCUUGUUUAUGCCGUGUGGUCAUUUUAUUACAUGUUACACAUGUGCCAAGAGGCUUAUGAUUGAAGAAAUCAAGAGUUGUCCAAUAUGCCGGACAAAUAUUGACAAAGUAAAAAAAUUGCAUAUUUUAUGAAAACGGCGUACUUUCGUUUCCUUUCAAGUUUUGUGCAUAGAAAUUAUUACAAGUAAAAGUUCGAUAUAGAUUCAUAUCUAUUGAGUAAAAUAGUAUCG